AUGGAGCACUUUCCAAAGGAAACUGCUAUUGAGAGCAGUGGGCCAAAGGUUUUGGAGACAGCUGAAGAAAUCCAGGGGAGGCGCCAGGAAGUGUUGAGUAGAUACCGGAAGUUCAAGGAACUGGUUGCUGAGAGGGGUCAGAAGCUUGAAGAGUCCUAUCACUACCAAGUUUUCAGGCGAGAUGCAGAUGACUUGGAGAAGUGGAUCUUGGAGAAACUCAAGAUUGCCGAGGAUAAAAGCUAUGAAGACCCAACUAAUAUACAGGGGAAAUAUCAGAAGCACGAAUCCUUUGUAGCAGAGGUGCAAGCAAAAUCAAGGGUUAUUUCUGAUCUUGAAGAAAUCAGGGAAGCCCGAUUUGCUGAAGGUCACUUUGCCCAUGAGACCAUCAAGUCCCAUCUGGAGCACCUGCGCCUGCUGUGGGAUCUACUGUUGGAGCUGACCCAGGAGAAGGGUUUCUUCUUGCUGCGGGAACUGAAGCUCCAGAAGUACUUACAGGAGUGUGCUGACAUCUUGGAGUGGAUCACAGACAAGGAAGCUAUAGUGACAUCAGUGGAGCUGGGUGAGGACUGGGAGCGUACAGAAGUUCUGCAUAAGAAGUUUGAAGAGUUCCAAGUGGAUCUGGCAGCUCGAAAGGGGAGAGUAGAUGGAGUCAACCAAUAUGCAAAUGAAUGUGCUGAGGAGAACCAUCCUAAGCUACCCUUGAUUAAGUCAAAGCAGGAUGAGGUGAACGCUGCCUGGGAGCGACUCCAUGGCCUGGCUCUCCAGAGACAGAAAACCUUGUCCAAUGCUGCAGACCUCCAACGAUUCAAAAGGGAUGUGACUGAAGCUGUGCAGUGGAUCAAGGAGAAAGAGCCUCUACUCACUUCUGAGGACUAUGGCAAAGAUCUCAUCACCUCUGAGGCACUGUUUCAUAGUCACAAGGGACUUGAGAGGAACCUUGCAGUCAUGGAGGACAAGGUGAAGGAGUUAUGUGCCAAAGCAGACAAACUGAAGAUUUCCCACCCUUCAGAUGCACCUCAGAUACAGCAGAUGAAAGAGGAUCUGGUCUCCAACUGGGAGCACAUCCGGGCCUUGGCUACUAACAGAUAUGCAAAGCUGCAGGCUUCCUUUUGGUAUCAGCGGUUCUUAUCUGACUAUGAUGAGCUCUCGGGCUGGAUAGAGGAGAAGACCACGCUGAUCAAUGCUGAUGAGCUGCCAACAGAUGUGGCUGGUGGGGAAGCCCUACUGGACAGGCAUCAACAACACAAGCAUGAGAUUGACUCUUAUCAUGAGCGAUUCCAAUCUGCCGCUGAGACGGGUAAAGCUCUCCUGGAUGCCAGUCACAAAGCCUCCGAUGAAGUUCAGGAAAAGAUGGAAACACUUGACAACAACUGGGCUGCCCUGCGGGAACUGUGGGAACAGCGACGGCAUCAGUAUGAACAGUGCUUGAACUUGCACCUCUUCUACCGGGACAGUGAGCAAGUGGACAGUUGGAUGAGCAGACAAGAGGCCUUUCUGGAAAAUGAGGACCUGGGAAACUCUCUAGGCAGUGUAGAAGCCCUUCUUCAGAAGCACGAUGACUUUGAGGAAGCCUUUAUUGCUCAGGAAGAGAAGAUCACAACCUUAGACAAGACUGCAACCAAACUGAUUGACGAUAGUCAUUAUGAUUCGAAUAACAUCGCUGCUAUCCGUGAUGGGCUGUUGGCCCGGCGGGAUGCCCUUCGUGACAGGGCUGCCACUCGACGCGGAUUGCUGAAGGAUUCUUUGCUGCUGCAACAACUGUAUCAAGAUUCAGAUGACCUGAAGAACUGGAUCAACAAGAAAAAGAAGUUAACAGAUGACGAAGAUUACAAGGAUGUGCAGAACUUGAAGAGCCGGGUUCAAAAGCAGCAAGUCUUUGAGGAGGAAUUGGCCGCUAACGAGAUCAUGCUCAAUAACAUACAGAAAACUGGCCAGGAGAUGAUUGAGAACCAUCACUAUGCCUCUGACAAUGUGGCUACUCGUUUGAAUGAAGUUACCAGCCUCUGGAAGGAGCUGCUGGAUGCUACAGCACUGAAAGGGACACAGUUGCACGAAGCUAACAAGCAGCUGCAAUUUGAAAACAAUGCAGAAGAUUUGACCCGCUGGCUGGAGGAUGUGGAGGGACAAGCUACCUCUGAGGAUUAUGGGAAAGCCUUGACAGAUGUACAGAAUCUCCUCAGGAAACAUGGCCUCCUGGAGUCAGCAGUGGCUGCUCGUCAGGAUCAAGUGGACACUCUGACAGAUCUGGCUGCAUACUUUGAAGAAAUAGGCCAUCCUGAUUCUGGGGACAUACGGGCAAGGCAAGAAUCCUUGGUGUCUCGGUUUGAAGGCCUGAAAGAGCCACUGGCCACCCGCAAGAAGAAGCUCAUUGACCUGCUCCGUCUGCAGCAGAUCUACAGAGACACAGAGGAUGAAGAGGCCUGGAUCCAAGAGACCGAGCCCUCAGCAGCUUCCACCUACCUAGGCAAGGACCUGAUUUCCACCAAGAACCUUCUAAACAGGCACCAAGUCAUCCUGGCAGACAUCGAAAGCCACCAGCCACGCAUUCAAUUGAUAACAGAGAGGGGAAACAAAAUGAUUGAGGAAGACCAUUUUGCUGCAGAAGAUGUGGCUUCUAGGGUGGAGAGUUUGAACAGGAAUAUGGAGUCGCUCUGUGCUCGAGCUGCCAGGCGGCAGAAUGAUCUUGAGGCCAAUGUCCAGUUCCAGCAGUACCUGGCUGACCUGCAUGAGGCUGAAGCAUGGAUUAGUGAGAAGGAGCCCAUUGUAGACAACACCAACUACGGGGCUGAUGAAGAAGCAGCCGGGGCUCUUCUGAAGAGACAUGAGGCCUUUCUAGUGGAUCUCAAUGCAUUUGGGAACAGCAUGCAAGCUCUACGGGAUCAGGCAGAAGCAUGCCAGCAACAACAAGCUGCACCAGUAGAGGGAGCUGCUCGAGAAGAGAGGGUUGUGGCUUUGUAUGACUUCCAGGCCCGAAGCACCAGAGAAGUUACCAUGAAGAAAGAUGAUGUCUUAACUCUGCUCAGCUCCAUCAACAAGGACUGGUGGAAGGUUGAAGCUGAUGACCACCAGGGCUUCGUCCCAGCUGUCUAUGUCAGGAAACUGGCCCAUGAUGAGUUCCCAACACUUCCACGGCGACGAAGAGAAGAACCGGUCAACAUCGCUCAACGCCAGCAGCAGAUUGAGGAUCAAUACCACUCCCUCCUGGAUCGGGCAGAAGAACGCAGGCGUCGUCUGUUACAACGGUACAAUGAGUAUAUGCUGGCCUAUGAGGCAGGAGACAUGCUGGACUGGAUCCAAGAGAAAAAGGCAGAGAACACCGGUGUGGAACUAGAUGAUGUGUGGGAGCUGCAGAAAAAGUUUGAUGAGUUCCAAAAGGAUUUGAAGACCAAUGAGCCUCGCCUAAGGAAUAUCAACAGGGUUGCUGAUGAUCUGUUAUUUGAAGACCUACUAACACCAGAAGGAGCUCAAAUCCGGCAGGAAUUGAAUGCUCGCUGGGGUUCCUUGCAGAAGCUUGCAGAUGAACAGCGCCAACUGCUGGGCAGUGCCCAUGCUGUCCAGAUGUUUCACAGAGACGCAGAUGACACAAAGGAGCAGAUUGAGAAGAAGUGUCAGACUCUCACUGCUGCUGAGCCUGGCUCAGACCUGUUCAGUGUUCAAGCCCUUCAGCGGCAGCAUGAGGGCUUUGAGAGAGACAUCAUACCCCUGGGGGAAAAGGUAGUCAUCCUGGGGGAGACAGCACAGCGGCUCUGCGAAUCCCACCCUGAUGCCACUGAGGAUCUGCAGAGACAGCGGACAGAGCUGAAUGAGGCCUGGGACAACCUGCAGGGGCUAACAGAGGACCGCAAGGAGAGCCUGAAUGAGGCCCAGAAAUUCUACAUGUUCCUCAACAAGGCCAGGGACCUUCAGAAUUGGAUCUUGGCCAUUAGUGCCAUGGUCUCAUCACAGGAACUGGCCGAGGACUUAACUGGCACAGAGUUCUUGCUUGAGCGACACCAGGAGCAUCAUGCUGAAAUGGAGGAAGAGGCCCCCACAUUUCAGGCUUUAGAAGAUUUUGGUGCAGAACUUAUAGACAGUGGGCAUCGUGCUAGCCCUGAUAUUGAAGAAAAACUUAAAGCUGUCCGACUGGAGAGAGACGAUUUGGAGAAGGCCUGGGAACAACGUAAGAAGAUCCUAGACCAAUGCCUGGAGUUGCAGUUGUUCCAUGGGGACUGUGAUAAGGUUGAGAGCUGGAUGGUGGCACGUGAGAAUAUCCUGAAGUCAGAAGACUUGAGUUCCUUAGAGAGUCUGGAGGCGUUGAUGAAGAAGCGUGAUGAUUUGGACAAAACAAUUGCUGCCCAGGAAGAAAAGAUCACUCAGCUAGAACAUUUUGCUGGGAGACUCAUAGCUGAUGAUCACUAUGCCAAGGGAGAGAUCGCUGCACGGCUGCAACAAUUGCUUGACAGAUGGAAGGCUCUCAAAGAUCAGCUGAUUGCUGAGCGGACAAAACUUGGAGACUAUGCUGAUCUGAAACAAUUCUAUCAUGAUCUUGAAGAGCUGAAAGAAUGGAUCAGUGAGAUGAUGCCCAUUGCCUGCGAUGAAUCCUACAAAGACCCCACCAACAUUCAGAGGAAAUACCUAAAACACCAGACCUUUGAAAACGAGGUUAAUGGACGAGCCGAGCAAGUAGAAGGGGUCAUUAACCUGGGAAACUCCCUGAUUGAACGGAGGGCAUGUGAUGGCAAUGAAGAGACCGUGAAGGAACAACUGGAUGACCUGGAGAAGCAAUGGGACCUCUUGCUCGAGAGGACACUGGACAAAGGGCAGAAGCUGGAUGAGGCUAGUCGCCAACAGAGGUUCAACACAGGCAUCCGGGACUUUGAGUUCUGGCUCUCAGAGGCAGAGACAUUGCUUGCCAUGAAAGAUCAAGCCAGGGACCUGGCUUCAGCUGGAAAUCUUCUCAAGAAGCAUCAGCUACUGGAAACAGAGAUGUUGGCUCGAGAGGAUGCACUCAAGGACCUGAAUAAUUUGGCUCAAGAUCUGCUGUCCAGUGGGACUUUCAAUGUUGAACAGAUUGUGGAGAAAAUGAAAAGUGUCAAUGAGCGCUUUGGUGAUGUCCAGAUCUUGGCAGCUGCACACCAUGAGAAACUGAAAGAAACAUAUGCCUUGUUCCAGUUCUUCCAGGACCUAGAUGAUGAGGAAUCUUGGAUAGAAGAGAAGUUAGUACGAGUGAGCUCCCAGGACUAUGGAAGAGAUCUACAAGGCGUUCAGAACUUACUGAAGAGGCACAAACGCUUAGAGGGGGAGCUGGUGGCACAUGAGACUGCCAUCCAGAAUGUGCUGGAUAUGGCAGAGGAACUGGCAGACAAGGCUGCUGUGGGGCAAGAGGAGAUCCAGGAGCGGCUGGCUCAGUUUGUUCGACACUGGGAGGAGCUCCAAGAAUUGGCCAAGGCUCGAGGACUUCGUUUGCAGGAGUCGCUAGAAUACUUGCAAUUCAUGGAGAAUGCUGAAGAAGAGGAAGCUUGGAUCAGUGAAAAGGAAGCUAUGGUUGCCCGAGGGGAUUCUGGGGACACAUUGGCUGCUACUCAGAGCUUGUUAAAGAAACAUGAAACUUUGGAUAACGACUUUGCUGUCCAUGAGACACGAGUGCAAAAUGUGUGUGCACAAGGAGAAGAUAUCCUGAGUAAGGUGCUACAGGAGGAAAGUCAGAAUAAGGAGAAGAUUUCUGCCAAGAUAGUGGCUCUGAAUGAAAAGACCCCUUCUCUGGCCAAGGCAAUAGCUACUUGGAAGCUGCAACUGGAAGAUGAUUAUGCUUUUCAACACUUUAACUGGAAAGCUGAUGUGGUAGAAUCUUGGAUAGCUGAGAAGGAAACAAGCCUGAAGACCAAUGGCAAUGGUACAGACCUCUCUGCCUUCCUCACUCUCCUUGCGAAGCAGGACACACUGGAUGCCAGUCUACAGAGCUUCCAGCAAGAGAGACUUUCUGAGAUCACUGACCUGAAGGACCAACUGGUGUCUGCUGAACACAGCCAGAGCAAAGCCAUUGAGGAGCGCCAUGCUGCUCUGCUGAGGCGCUGGGAACAAUUGCUGGAAGCGUCUGCUGCCCACAGGCAGAGAUUACUGGAGAAACAGCUGCCUCUACAGAAGGCUGAAGAGCUAUUUAUGGAAUUUGCACACAAGGCUUCAGCUUUUAACAACUGGUGUGAGAAUGCUGAGGAGGAUCUGUCAGAACCUGUGCACUGUGUCUCUUUGAAUGAAAUUCGACAGCUGAAGAAGGAUCACGAGGAUUUCUUGGCCUCUUUAGCUGGAGCUCAAGCAGAAUUCAAUCAUCUGGUGGAACUGGACCAGCAAAUUAAGGCUUUAAAUGUGCCUACUAGCCCUUAUACCUGGCUUACAGUGGAGGUGCUGGAAAAGAUCUGGAAGCACCUUCCUGACAUCAUCAAGGAACGGGAGCAGGAGUUGCAAAAGGAAGAAGAAAGACAGGUCAAGAAUUUUGAGAUGUGCCAAGAGUUUGAACAGAAUGCCAGUGCCUUUCUUCAGUGGAUCCUGGAGACCAGAGCUUAUUUUCUGGAUGGAUCUUUGCUAAAAGACACAGGAACUCUGGAAUCCCAGUUGGAAGCAAAUAAGAGGAAACAGAAAGAGAUUCAGGCAAUGAAGCGUCAGCUGACAAAGAUUGAGGAUCUAGGGGACAAUUUGGAAGAGGCGCUAAUCCUUGACAUCAAAUAUAGCACCAUUGGACUGGCACAGCAGUGGGACCAACUGCACCAGCUUGGGAUGCGGAUGCAACACAACCUGGAACAACAGAUCCAAGCCAAAGACACCAUAGGUGUGAGUGAGGAGACAUUGAAGGAGUUUAGUACAACCUAUAAACACUUUGAUGAGAAUUUGACAGGAAGAUUAACUCACAAAGAAUUCCGGUCCUGCCUGAGAGGACUCAAUUACUACUUACCCAUGGUGGAAGAGGAUGAACCUGAGCCCAAGUUUGAGAAGUUCCUGGAUGCUGUGGAUCCAGGGAGGAAGGGAUACGUGUCACUGGAAGACUAUACAUCAUUCCUGAUUGACAAGGAAUCAGAGAACAUAAAGUCCAGUGAUGAAAUAGAGAACUCUUUCCACGCCCUGGCAGAAGGCAAAGCCUACAUUACCAAAGAUGACAUGAAGCAGGCCCUAACUCCAGAACAAGUGUCAUUUUGUACCAUACAUAUGCAGCAAUAUAUGGACCCACAGGGUCGAAGCCAUCCUGCUGGUUAUGACUAUGUUGGCUUCACCAAUUCCUACUUCGGCAACUCAUAA